AUGGCAGCUCUCGACGACAGACAGCUUCGAGAUGAAGCGGUGCGGGAUCGCAUUCGCGCCGCGGAGGAGUUCCUGGACCCGAAUGACCCACGAGCGAGAAGCUACCGAGCAGAUGUCCUACUCAUGCUCAAUCGCGGCCUGCGAAGGCUGACGGUCAGCAUUGAUGAGAUUCGCGCACAUAGCCGCGAGUUGGCCGAUGGCAUUCUUAAUGCCCCCUUCGACUUCACCCAGGCCUUCGAUCGAGCACUGAAGAACAUCGUCAACACCCUCGGUAAUCGACCGGCGCAUGAGACGGCGGAAGAGACGAUGUACUACUGUGCCUACGUGGGCAGCUUUGGGGAGUACGCUUGCAACCCGCGCACUCUUUCAUCUCCUUUCCUGAACCACAUGGUCUCACUCGAGGGCAUUGUGACCAAGUGCUCUCUCGUGCGCCCGAAGGUUGUCAAGAGCGUGCACUGGAAUGAGAGGAAGAGCACGUUUCACUUUCGCGAAUACCGUGAUCAAACCAUGACGGCCAAUGGAGCGGCGAGCACAAGCGUCUACCCAACGGUUGAUGACGAGAACAAUCCUCUUGUCACCGAAUACGGCUACUGCACGUAUCGCGAUCACCAGACCAUCUCCAUCCAAGAAAUGCCGGAGCGGGCUCCCGCAGGGCAGCUUCCACGCGGCGUGGAUGUCAUCAUGGACGACGACAUGGUGGAUCGGGUGAAGCCUGGAGACCGCAUUCAGCUUGUCGGAAUCUACCGAUCGCUGGGUAACCGCAAUGCUGGUACGGGUAGCUCCACGUUCAAGACUCUGCUACUGGCCAACAACGUCAUUCUUCUCUCCUCCAAGUCCGGCGGCGGGAUCGCGCAGGCCACCAUCACAGACACCGACAUCCGCAACAUCAACAAGAUCUCCAAGCAACGAAAAGUUUUCGACCUGCUAUCUCAAUCACUUGCCCCGAGCAUUUACGGACACGACUACAUCAAGAAGGCCAUUCUUCUGAUGCUUCUUGGAGGCAUGGAGAAGAACCUGGACAACGGCACACAUCUCCGUGGUGACAUCAAUAUCCUCAUGGUCGGUGAUCCCUCCACAGCCAAAUCUCAGCUAUUGCGCUUCGUUCUGAAUACCGCACCCUUGGCAAUUGCCACAACUGGACGUGGCUCUUCGGGCGUCGGUCUUACCGCUGCAGUCACCACAGACAAGGAGACGGGAGAGCGACGACUGGAAGCUGGAGCCAUGGUCCUGGCUGAUCGAGGAGUCGUGUGUAUCGAUGAAUUCGACAAGAUGUCCGACGUCGAUCGAGUCGCCAUCCAUGAAGUCAUGGAACAGCAGACCGUCACCAUCGCCAAAGCAGGUAUUCACACCUCACUGAACGCUCGAUGCUCAGUUGUCGCCGCCGCCAAUCCCAUCUACGGUCAGUAUGAUGUGCACAAAGAUCCGCACCGAAACAUCGCCCUCCCAGAUUCCUUACUCUCUCGUUUCGACUUGCUGUUCGUGGUCACGGAUGACAUUGAAGACGUUCGUGACCGUCAAGUUUCUGAACACGUCCUGCGCAUGCAUCGCUACAGGCAACCCGGCACUGAAGAAGGAGCUCCAGUCCGCGAGCAACAAAGCCAGACGCUCGGCGUUGGCCUCCAAGAUGAAGCCGAUGCCAACAAGCCGAGUGAUGUUUACGAAAAGUUCGACAUGAUGCUGCACUCCGGCGUGACGGUCACAGUGGGCCGCGGGGCACAUCGACGAGUCGAGGUGCUGAGCAUCCCCUUCAUCAAGAAAUACAUCCAAUACGCCAAGUCCCGCAUCAAGCCAAUCCUCACCAAGGGCGCUGCAGAUCAUAUUGUGGCUGCGUACAGUGCUCUGCGAAACGACGAGAUGGAGGGCAACCAGCGCAAGACCAGCCCCAUGACUGCGCGUACCCUGGAGACGCUGAUUCGUCUGGCGUCCGCACAUGCCAAGGCCCGCCUGUCUUCGCGGGUGGAGGAGAAGGAUGCAGAGGUCGCGGAAGGCAUUCUUCGCUUUGCCUUGUUCAAGGAAGUGAUCGAAGAUGAACGACGAAAGCGACGGAAGACGAGGCCGGAUGCCGAAGCAAUGUCUACAGAUGACGAGUCGGAAGAUGAUGACGACGAAGACGGAGACGGUGCCUUCAGACCUGGCUCUGCACGAAGAGGGACAGCCCGCACAUCUGGUCGUACCACCAGAGGCGUCGUAGCCAAUGGCCAACCGACUGCCAAUGGGAACGCUGGCGCAGGGGCAGCAGAGGUCGAGGAAGAAGAUCUUUACAAUUCCACUCCCGCCCCAACGAGUCGAACGAACGGUGCUGUCGAUACACAAGGCAGCCAGUUCAGCUUGGCUUCGUCGCAACCCGCAUCGCAACUUCUUGAGGAUGACUCGCAAGAGCAGCCGGCGCCGGAGGACGAAGAACCAGCACCCGAGCCAAUCUCCUCGCAGCGUUUGCAAGUCUUCCAGACGGCACUUGGCCAACUGAUUGACGGGCCGAUGUUUGUGAAUGAUGCUGUCGAUGCCGAGCCCUUGUUCGCCGCCGUAAAUGCCCGACUCCGUGCGAAUGAAGUGGAGUUUGGGGACGAAGAAGGGAAGAAGGCACUGGUGGAGUUGGAUGCACGGAACAAGAUCAUGUACGCUGGUGGGAUUGUGUAUAAGAUCUAA